ACCUAGAACUAAGUUCACCGAGGAGUAAAACCGUGGAGACAGCGAGUCCAACAGACUGGAGGAAGCUGUGGAGAAACAUCGGGUCUUUUUGAAGGAAUAAUCUCAGAUUACGAAGAGGAACUGUCGAGUUGGAGAGAAAAUGAGUUCAGUGUUCCCUUCAGAUGUUCAACAAACUAUGCUCAUCAGAGUAGAUGUUCCUGAGGAAUGGAGGCCUGGUGUGGACCAGCAGGAUCCUGAGACCCUUGACAUCAAGGAGAAACAAGAAGAACUCUGGACCCAAUUGGAUGGAGAUCAGCUCAUAGUGAAGGAGGAGACUGAUGCCAGCAGGUUUUCAUUCACUGCAGUCCAUGUGAAGAGUGAGGAUGAUGAAGAGAAGCCUUUGUUCUUACAACUUCAUCAGGACCAAAUGGAAGGCAGAGAUGUUCCAACCAGCAGCUCAGCUGACCAGAUGAAAGUAGAAACUGAUGAAGAGGACUGUGGAGGAGAAGGAACUAGCAGGAACCCAUAUCUAUAUCCUCAUGGAGAUGCUUCCAGCUCUUCAGAAAAUGGAGUCAGUGAGGAUGAUGAAGAGGAUGAGGAUGGGAACAAUCCUGACUCUCAGUUGGAGCACUUGUCAGACUCUGGGUCAGCAACUGAAGACAGUGACAAAAAUGUAAAGACACAUGGGACAGUCCAGACAGGACUGAAAUCAUUUAGUUUGGAUGAACCUGGUAACAGUUUUAACAUAAUAAGAAAUUUAAACAUGCACAUGGGGGACCACAUAGGAGAGAAACCGUUUAAAUGUACGGAUUGUGGAAAAACGUUCAACCAUGAGUCUAAUUUAGACACGCAUAUGAGAGGCCACAAAGGACAACAAACAUUUAAUUGUGAGGUUUGCGGAGAAAGCUUUGCCCACAAGACAGGUUUAAACUCGCACAUGAGAACUCACCCUGGAGAGAAACCAUUUGAAUGUGAAUUUUGUGAAAGAAGAUUUAAACUUAAGACGAGUUUAAACUUGCACAAGAUAGUUCAUACAGGAGAGAAACCAUUCGAAUGUGAGUUUUGUGGAAAAAGGUUUAUCCACAAGACAAGUUUAAACUUGCACAGAAGAGUGCACACAGGAGAGAAACCUUUUGAAUGUGAGAUUUGUGGGCAUAAAUUUAGCCGUAAACCAACUUUAUACACACACAUGAGAGUCCACACAGGACAGAAACCGUUUAUAUGUGAGUUUUGUGGACAAGGUUUUAGCCAGAAACCCGCUUUAAAUGUUCACAUAAGACUGCACACAGGACAGAAACCGUUUAAAUGUGAGGAUUGUGGAGCCAGAUUUCGCCAAAAGACCAGUUUAAACUCGCACAGUAAAGUCCACACAGGACAGAAACCAUUUGAAUGUAAUAUUUGUGGUAAAAGAUGUAGCCAGAAGUCAAGUUUAAACUCACACAUGAAUGUCCACACAGGACAGAAACCGUUUGAAUGUAAUAUUUGUAAUGGAAGAUUUAGCCAGAAGACAAGUUUAAAGAUACACAUGAGAGUCCACACAGGACAGAAACCAUUCGAAUGCAAUAUUUGUGGACGAAGAUUUAGCCAGAAGACGAGUUUAAACUCACACAUGAGAGUCCACACAGGACAGAAACCAUAUGAAUGUAAGGAAUGUGGACAGAAAUUUGGUCAUAAGUCAAAUUUGAACUCGCACUUGAGAGGCCACACAGGAGAGAAACCAUAUGAAUGUAAGGACUGUGGACAAAAAUUUAGCUAUAAGUCAAAUUUGAAAAUACACUUGGCAGUCCACACAGAAGAUAGACCACAUGCAUGUCAGGAUUGUGGACAAAGAUUUAGACAAAAGUCUAAUUUAAACAUGCACAUGAGAAUCCACACAGGAGAAAAACCUUUUGAAUGUGAGAUUUGUGGGCAAAAUUUUCGCCUCAAGUGUAUUUUAAAAAGCCACAUGAGUGUCCACACAGAGCAGAAACCAUUUGAAUGUGAGGAUUGUGGUCAGAAAUUUAGCCGCAAGUGUAAUUUAACCAGACACACAAAAAUCCACAAGAAAUAACUUCUGUGACUGAGGUCAAAGUUUGGACUUCAGUCUGCUCUUAAACACACAAGAACCCUGUGGGCUGUGCCCCCCCAUGGGGGCUCAUUUUUGUGUGUGUGUGUGUGUGUGGGGGGGGGGGGGUGACGUUGCUGAAUGUUUUGGGGGUGGUUUCCCCCCAGGACAAAAACAUGUAGACAAACAGGCAGAACAGUUGUACAAAACAACAAACAACUCAUCUAUAUUUUCACAUAUUUGUCAUUUUUCUUUUUAACAAAAUAUACUGUUAAAAUUGUCUGAAACAGGUUCCUAUGAAGCAAUCUGUUUCUCAAUUAAAAAAAUUAUUUAAUACACAUGGAGGGCACAAAAUCCAGUGCUGGGCCAUCGGGGAGAAACACACACAGUGGCCUCUCUCCCUAAGUGGUGCUGAGCUUAGGGCUACACAAACUUCUUCAGAUCGGUUGCAAGUGGUUGCCAUAGCAAUGACCUAUGGAGAAUCCCUAUACUUAAUGUGACCAGCGUUCAGCCAAUAGACCCUCACCUUCUAACAUGGUUGAUCAAUUGUGUUUUUUGUGGAGGCAGGCAUGUAACUAAUAAAUCCUUCCUAUCGGAAACAAGCUUUAGAACAGAAACUCUGCCCUAUUGCUCUCUCUAAAACACAACGUUAUAAUAGAAAAAUGACAUAAGAGUAUCAAAAAACAUCCAAGUAAGAUAAAAUAUCUUUCAGUACAUUUGGAAAAUGGAAAAUUAUGUUUUUACUAAAAUCAAGAAUUUUAAUCAAGGAUGA